GGGUGUGCAGCGUCCUCGGGGAAAUCUCGGAUGAAGAUGACCGAGAGACCGAGGACUAUGGACGGGAUAAUUGGGCCGCAAUGUGAGUGAGUGACGGCUGUCAAUGAUCGAUUUUCGAUCAAUCGCGGUUGGAUUUUCCUCGACAGAGUGGGGAGUCUAUUUGAGGCGUCGCGACGCCGUGGUGCAAUGAUCAGAAUCAGUCGGUAGGUCGUACCACGGCGAAAGGUGAAGAGAGUGGCCGUCAGAGAGAACAAGUCGUAUCCGAGCAGCGAGAGUGUCUGUAUGCUGAUCGCGAAUAGCAAACGUUUUCAACUUUCACGAGCCGAAGAAGUGGAGUUUGUAAGGUGACCAGACCCUUUUUCCCUUCGCCUGGUAGAAUGGCAGCUGACGACCCUCUCCGCGACGAACCUUUAGUUUCCGUUGAAUUCGAGGUCUUUGGCAAGGUGCAGGGUGUAUACUUUCCAAAAUACGUGAGAGACAUAUGUCAGGAAUUGGGAAUUUGCGGCUGGGUGAAGAACACCAAGUCCGGCACGAUACUCGGAAAAAUGCAGGGACCACGUGCACUCAUCGAUCAGAUGGCACAAUGGUUGACAAACGUUGGAAGUCCAGGUAGCGAGAUAAAGAAAUGCGAAUUUACGAAUUGGGAAGGCAUUAAUAGGCUAAAUUAUAAAGGAUUCGCUAUACGUUUUUGAUUAAAUAAUUUCUUUUUACGUCAUAUUUCCUUAAAAGUUAAAUCGAUAAUAUAUCUUAAAAAUACGAACUAACAAGCAUCGGUACAUUUUAAAGGAU